GUGUGGUGUGGCCGUGUGGGUGAGGUUUCCUCCGUCAGAGGCCAAAUUGUUGGAGAGGCAGGGCAGAGGCUGGCCCCUCGCGAGUUUGUGUGCCGGCGGGUAACAGCCACGGCGAGGCUCGGCGGCCGUCCCCGGCGUCCGGCGGAGCCGUUCGACGGCGCCGGCGAAGCAGAGGCGAGGCAGCCGGCGACGCGGCGGCGACAUCGGCGGCGGCGGCAGAUGGGGGCGCGCGUCAUGGCGUGGUGGCGGGCAAGGGUGGUCGCGCCCAUGCGCCGCGCCUGCAGGCUCGCCGUCGCCGCCGCCCGCGCCCGCGUCCGCAAGGGUGAGUGCGGGGUCCUGAACCUUCACCAGGACGUGCAGACGUGCGGCUACCACGACGUGCAGGUGAUGUGGGACAUGCUCAGCUCCGACAAGGAGGCCGCUGCCGCCGCCUCGGCACCCGCGAAGCAGCAGCAGCGGCGGAAGAGGCCGUUCUGGAAGCUGCCUCCGUCGUUCUGGCCCGCCGGGUCGCCGCGCGCCGCCGCAGCGCAAUGAAGUGAACGGUGUAGGAGCUGGUGCCUGGCAAUGUGGACAGAACGCCUGUACCAUGGCACCCUGCCGCUGUCAUGCUGCUGCCUGUCAUUGCGCCGCGAGUUCAUGGCAAUGAUCCCUGCGACCAGACCAGCCCGACCAUGCAUGUGUACACAUGAUUUUUGUAUAGUUUUUGGACAGUGCAAAUCGCUUCUCCUCUGAUCUGGUGUUAAUUUGACCGUGCUCUGGCGUGGACAGAGCAGUUUGGACUUCGGACUUGCCCCCGUCGAUUUAGUGUUUGAUUAUCAUCAUGCAGGGGGCAGCUAAUAUUCAACAUGCAAUUUGAAGAGGAAGUCAUGUAUUAGUCA